AUGAAACAGUGGCUCGCGUCCUCCUUGACUGCUUUCAAUGCCGCUUGGGGGACGGCGGUGCAGCCAGUGGCUUUUGUGAACUUUCGUGAGCGGCAGAGCCCAAGGGACGGCCAGGACGUCGGACCUUUCCACUGGCAUAUUGCUUUGGAGGCAGACCUGAACUUUCGCCUCGCGGCCUUCAAGCGUGCGCUCUUCGUCAACCACAGGGUGGCCAGCCAUUGGAGCUGCAGUCACACCGGCUAUUUGUCCGCAGUGCGGUAUGGCUGCAUGCCAAUGCCUGGGAAGCCGCAAGAUGAUCUUGACCCCUCUCUUUUGCCUGGGCACGUGAAG